AUGGUAGACCACGCAGAGAACAAGCACGAGAAGGAGGAAGAGGUGGUGUUUGAGCGAGAGAAGCCCAAAAACAAGAAGCGCGGGAAUAAGAACGGGAAUAAGAAUACUAAGACCGAUGGUAAGGAAAUAGAAGGGAAGAGUAAGGAAGACCCGGAAUUAUCAUUGAAAACUUUAAAAGAAACACCACACAAAUCUUCUAAGGAUAAUUCAGAAAAGAGUACCCCUCCACCACCACCACCACCAUCAGAAUCAACCAUGGGUCCCACUCAAACCGACCCAUCACAGCAACAACCUGCCGCCAAAAAGACAAAAAAGUGGUACGACUUCCUUCUCACGGUCUGGACUGCCAUUUUCAUUGAUCUUGUUAUAAACGUAGCCAACAUCAUAUUGAUCCUCUACUUCUCCGGGGAGUACAACGUGGUGCAAUCAUUCUCGGUGGCAAGCACUGUCAUAGCACUCAUUGUGCUCGCCUUGUGUAUCUUUGACCGGGUCAACAAGCGCAAGCGCUACUUGGCACAGUCCCACCGGCUCAGCAUUGCAAUGUCCAUCGCAAGACACUUGCUUCUGUUUGGGAUCAUUGGGAUGAUCAUUGCGAAAAUCGUGUACAUGAUGGCCGGCACGAUAUACAACCCUAUCAACGUAACCGAGGACGCCCGGGUGGAUUUGGCACUCCCAUUUGGAGUCAGAUUGGCCAUCUUGUUGAUCGAAGUAGGCACCGUUUGCGCGGAUUGCAUGAUCCUUUGCCGGGUAUGGAAGGUGCCCAAGAAGGGGAAAUCCCAACUUCUUAUGACUCUUGCAUGUUUCUUCAACUUUAUCCUUGGGAUCGUGGAAAUCAAGCUUUAUCACGACGGGGCUAUGGGCCACGGGAAACCAAUCAAGAUCCUCCCCGUGUUGUAUCUUUAUACCGACGCCUUCAUCAUCUGUGGAUCCACCAUGGGGAUAUGUCUCACCAUGAUCAUCACCGAGGCCAACCGACUCUCGGAAACCAUUGGCAAAGUGACCCUCUUCUUGGACUGUUACUUUUCCGUGGUGACCUUUUUGUCGCUCAUUUCGUUUGCCAAUUCGAUUGUCCUUCGCUCCGGCGACAACAAUUGGAAGGUAUCGCUUGCCAUCCCGGCGAUCUUUGGGUGUUGUAUGAUUCUUUGCAUUAUGAUCAUCACUUUCUCAAGAGCCUUACGUUCAAGACUCCCACCGGCACUCGAAGUGGAAGAGCUCAACUUGUCAUCAUUGACCAAAGAUCAGAAGUCUGCGUAUGCCAAGUUGAUUACGUUCAACGCCAAGUCCAACCCGGGGGUUUCUGGAGAAGCGGUCAUUCUGUUGAUGGAAGCAUACAGUCAGACCGAGCUCGAGGAUAUGAACUGUACCAUCUUACGGGUGUACAGGACUCCGCCAACCGACCAACCCGAAGACGGUCUGUACACGGCCUCGAGAACAUGGGAAACCUUGGACUUACAGAAGACGGUGUUUGACGACGAAGAGACGUUGAUAUCGCUAGACAUGCCGGAACCCAAGCCAUUAUCCAAGAAUCAAAGGAAGAAACUUGCAAAGAAGGCAGCUGCAGAGGCAGCUGCGGGCGGGACACCAUUCCCACUUGAACUUUCCACUGAGCAAGAUAUCAAGGAAAAGGUCAAGUUCCAUGACGAAUUGAUGGCCACAGAAGCAUUGGUGCUUCUUACUUCGAUCGAAAGAUACGAUCUUACGGCCACAUUGACCGGUUGCAUGGGGCGAUUCGCUCAAAAAUGUUUUGGGAAGAAUGGGCUCAGUGAGCUUCUUUGCAUUCGUUUUGGUCUUUUGGCGUUCCAUUGGCCGUUUGUACGGUCAACCUUCUACUGUAGCAACAGUAAGCACCCGGUGGCAAGACUGGCUGCGGUCAUGUAUGCCAUCAGUAGCUGGAACAAGAAACAGCACAAGCUGAAGAGAUGCACAGUGCUUCUUGAUCCAACCUACAAACACGCAUAUUCAGAACAAGCGAUUCGGUUCGGAGGCUGGUUCCGCAUAGCCCUCCCACCAUCGCACAUCAUCAACUUGAAGCCUCACAAGAACAAGAGCAUUACCGAGUAUUUCAAGAGCAUCAAGUAUAGAAACCAGGACGGGGCAUUCAAGGCUGCAGGCGGGGUCACAGUGGAGGAAAAGGAUUUCGACAAGGAGAGCUGUGACACGGUCAUGAAGCUCUGGCACAACAUCGCAGAGGGCAGAACCUCGAAGGGGAACACGUCUGUGCUUGCCGAGCCAGACUCACAGUUUAUCCACAAGAUCGGAAGUACUGCGAACGGACAAAACAACCGGUCGCUCUUGUUCCUCAAGGUUGACGACGAGGUGAUUGCGUCGUGUGUUUUGUUUAGAAUCGGCGAUACCAUCACCUCCGACUUGCAAGGGUUGCACCACGACAAGGCCAGGCCAUUGAAGGCGUACUUUGUGAUGAUGCAAGAAGUGAUCACGAUUGCCCUUCGUGAGGGCAAGUCGUUUGUUGAUUUUGGGCCCACCACGGAGAAACCCAAGUUGGACAUCGGAUGUCAAUCCGUUCCAUUGACUGGAGCGUUGAGGACGUCAUCUCCACUUCUUUCGAUCAUUGCCAAGUGCGCCGCGGACUGUGUGAAGGUGUAG